AUGUGCAAAGCCAUCCGCUAUCGCUUUCUCAAAUGCCUCGAAUUGCCUCUGCAUGCCCGCGGUUGCUGGCAAGGCGACGGAUCCAUAGACAAAAUAGUCUAUGAGCUCUGUGACUAUGCCAAGGGCAAGGUACCAGAUAAACAGCCUUAUGUUGUAGGCUAUCCCCCCGACCAGAAAGCCUACAAUUUUUUCAGAAUCCCCCAUUGCCCUGUCGUAUGUGAAGAGCGUGAAGUUGAUCUUCUCUGUGUCCAAUGCCAGAAGAGGCUCUUCCAGGAUGGUCGCUCUGAGAGACCUGACCCCUGGGCAGAAGCUUACGACUUACUUUCAGAUCCACAACACGAAUUCACCUGGCAUGUCCCCUAUAUGCCAUGGCAGAAUCCCUUCUUUCGUGAGGUCAACUGGAAUCCAGUGGAGAGACCCGCGCCUCUCGACGAGCCUCCUUUCAGCCCCAGAAACGGAGCAGACUAUGUCCAUCCAGAAGUCGGAGUGCUGAACCCAAACGAUACUCCCACUAGAUGGCAAUCGGCCGACGGACGUGUGGUCGUCCUGCUGGACACGUCCGAAGAUAAAGAGUAUAGAAUGACUGAAUGGCCUGUGGAAAUUAGCGGGAAAGCAGAGGAGCUUAUCGCAUGGGAGUGGAAGCAACAAUGCCUACUGAUGAAACAACAGCAGCAGCAGCAGCAGCAGCAACAGCAACAGCAACAACAACAACCACAACAGCCACAAUGGCGCCCUAGAGACGCUUCCGAAACAUCAUCCAGUGAUUCAUCGUCGAGUCAACAAUCAGGCCGAGGGGCCAUCCGAGUUGGUUUCAAUGCGUGCGAAUCUGGUGCUGCGCCGGCUGACAUCAAUCAAAGUCGACAACACCUCCAGAUCCAUGCCCACCCACGUGCCGAGCUUGAUCCAAUCUUUGAUUCGUUGUGUCAACUAUUGCUGCAACCGGUUCCAGCCGUCACUUCUCAAAUCCCAUCACAGACGACAGGAGUCGUUGCACCGCCGGCCCCGACAACGGCAACUCAACCAAGUCCACCGAGACUCACGCGUGGUCGGUUGUUGUCUUCCACAUGUACCCGGCUGCCCAGUAUUCCAGGCUGGGAACCGGACUCGCCCAGCAAGAGAAGCCGCGAAUCAAGCGUGGACACUGACACCGCUAGUAGAUCGUCCAAGCGUCGGAGACUCGAUACUGACAAGCCGCCAAACAGUUCCCACGAUGCACCUCAAGAUCCUCAGCCCCUGCCCUCGCAAUCUUCCAGGAGUGCUGUCGAUCGGCCCAAGAUCAUCUUAAGAUUACGAAAUCCCAAUGCCGGGGCAAGAAAGCCGUCACAGCCCAGACCAGUUAAGAUCAGACUGAUUGUGACCAAUCGGUCACGACCCCAGACCUCUGACGCCGCGCAAGGUAAGAACACGGGCAUCUUCAGACCAGGCCUGCCACGCUUGAGGGUUUUCAUCCCUCCCGCUCCGACCGGUACCAUUGUUCAGCAGUUUCCUCCCCAGGGACUGCCAGCCAGCGGAUACGUACCGGGCACCGACAUUCGAGUGGGUCCUGUAGACAACAAUGUCCGCACGCGGCCCUCCCCAGACAUACCAUCCAUCUCGUCGAUCUCCUCUGGAGAAAGCAGCAGCAGCAGCAGCAGCAGGACUGUGGGCGACGGGUCUACACCUUCCGGCAAACCAUCAGUAGGAAGCGGCUCUGAAGCUGAAGACGAGGACGAAUCGACAGCCUCUUCUUCACAUGCUUCCGCUUCCAGGACCACUGGCACGAGUAGCACCGCGAGCCCGUCCCACGUGACCAGCGUCGAGACGCCAUGUCCGAAGCCCAAACCUGUCAAAAUCCUCCUCAAGCUCGUCUUGAAGCCCUUGGGGGUGACGAGGAACAGCACAGGCCAGCAGAGACGUUCUCAUUCCUCGCGUCCCGCCGCGCCUCGAGCCCCAAUGGGUAGUCCCUUGCACGUGUCCACUGGCCUAACAACGCGAGCCCGAGCUCGAGCACAGCGAGCCGCGCGAGGUCCGAUGACGAGAGCCAGACUGCGAGCGUUGCAGGCAGCCGGGGUCUAG